AACAACAGCAAAGUAAGCAGUACUUUUACACCUGUGAUUGAUACUGACUCUGACAGUUACAAUAUCAAAUGGCUGGCAUAGCUAUGUUGAAUGACCUGAGACAGUUCUAGAUUUCUCAAUGACAAUUUAGUUUACCGAACUUUCUGCAAAACUUGUAACCAUGGAAACAGAUGCAGAAUCUAUGAUGUGGACCUCUGCUUAUGUCGUCUUCUCUAUCUUCACACUAUGGCUUAUUUCAAAGUUAUUUAUCUGGUGGGUCGCAAAAAUGAUCAAAAACAAAUUUGAAAUUGACGUUGCCGUAAAAUCUGUUGGUUUGUUUUCCGCUAAGGACAUCUCUAUACGCGUCAAUCAACUGCAGACAAUAGAAAUUGAUAAAAUUGCUCUUCAGCUCAAACUAUUAAAUCGCGAAGCCAGCCACACAGUUAAUCUACAUGUUGGUGAAAUUCGGGUUCGUGGUGAAAUGAAUAAAAUCUCGACUCCUCUGAGCACAUUUGAUAACCACACCACUCAUGUUAAAACUCACAGAAGGACUGGUUCCUUUGCUCGCAGACAACUUGCUUUUAUAAACUUUGUUCAAAAGUUGUUCAAGUAUGUCUCUGUUAACGUGGAUAUGUUAAACAUCAUGGUCCUCAAUGCUUUCCUACCCGACUCCCUCCUUCAUUUCAACAUGAAAGGCAUUCGUCUUGCUUCAGAACAAUAUUUCUGCAUCUCCGACAAUGUCACACCUUGUGCUGUAUGUGGCAGCUUAAGUGUGGAAAGUAUAGAUGGUAAAAUUCUUAAGAGUCCAAAAGAGGUGUCCCAAAUUACCUCAUGCAUUGCUGAAGUCUCCACUUCACUUCAAAUUGUGAUUGCUGCUGAGCAAAUUUUCCCAAAUCUUGACUUGACUUCUGUAGAAGCCAACUGUUCCAAACUACAAGUUGAUAUACAUGAGGGUGCUCUCAUACCUGGCAUCAUGCUACCCAAGCUUGUGGUACCAAUGCAGGAAGUGGAAGAAACAAAAUCUCCUUCUGGUUUGCUAGAAAACCUUGAGUCUGUGAUCAACAAAGUUGUCAGCCAUCUUCCAGUUAAGAGUGUGAUAUCCGUGAAGAAUUUUGGACUUGCAUUUUACGGAGACGAGACGAUGGGAGAAACCACACGAGGAGCUCAUGUCUGCUCCUCAAAUAUCAUCCUGCAUCAAUAUAAAGACGAUCAUAAUCUUGUUCCCGUAUUUUAUAGCAGACAGGAUUUUAAUGGAUUCAAAGUUCCAAGUGGUUCAGUCCGGUUUCAAGUGGAUGACAUGACAAUGACUGAUUAUUACAAGCACAGAGUGGCUGACAUGGGCAAGACAGUUGUGGAAACCAAACUAACUUCUAAUGGCGUCCUCUCUACUUGUGUGGACUUCACUUCUUGGCAUGCUGACUAUUUGCAUAAAGAGUCUGUUGAGUUUUGGAGCAUUAUUAUUCGCAAACUGCAGGAUGCACAACGUCAGAAAUCUUUUCUCUUAGAAACAGUGAAACAUAAAACACCAAGUCCAUCCACACAGAAGCACAGAACAAGAACUAUCAGCGCACCCGACACUCCAUUCAAGUUCUCACACCCAGAUAUAUUACAAGGUACAGAAAAUAGUCCAUUCCAGUCAACUGUACCAAUCCAACCAUUACAAAGCAACAGUUUAACAAGUCUUCUCAACACUAUGGACAUUAGUAUUGUGUUUGAAUGCACAAUAUAUGACGCUAGUAUAGAUGUUAUUAUGACAACUGUAAUGGAUGGUGAAAUACAACAAGAUCCACCUGGAUUCAGCAUUGGAAUAGAUUCCUUCACUGGAAGCAUUGAUCAAAGUCCCAACUCUCGUGAUUUAAACUUCAUGUCAAAGUUAGACAGAUGUUGGUGCAUUGUGAACCAAGAUGGGAAUGCAAUGCAAGUGAGAAACACAGGGGAGAGCAUCGCAUACACACAAACUCAUUCUCCAUACAGACAAAACAUUCAUCAAUGGGGGCGUGCAUGUAACUUUGACAACCUGCAUUUACAUGGUUCAGCUACUUUCAAACCAACAUACAGCACAGAUGAGGAAGAGUUGGUUUCGGAGAUAUCGCUUCUUCUCGAUGUAAAAGUUAUCGGGCUGCAGGUGGAGUUAUCUAAAUGUGCAGGGCAAGCUUUGGCAAGUGUUUUGCAAGUUUUAGGCAAAGGCAAAAACUGCCAGGAACCCCAUCAGACGAGAACCUUCUAUCGACAGAGCACAGUUGCAACUCCAUAUAUGGUAGCUGUUGAAGACACCACACCCCCACCACACCCCACCCCUCAACACAGAUACAAGUUCACUGUGGCUUGUGUGGAAGCAGAAUUAUCUAACGUCAAUCUAUUCAUAUUAUCUUCAGAUGAAACUAGAUGUGCAGACUGCCUUGUUGUUCGUAUUGACCAAUUCAAGACAGAACUGAGUGGGGGAAGCUCAGGUAGCAUAGAUGAGGAUGAUGCAGGUGUUUGUAGGAACAUGACGGUCCUUGGUGUGGCUGUUACUGCUGUCCAUAACCCGUACUUCUCAGCAUUUGCAUCAUAUGAAGCUGGGCUCACAGGUCGCAUGCCAACCACAAGUGUAUCUUCCAGUGUUCGGAAGGAGCAAACACGAGUUGCCGAAUACAGAUGUGUGGAAGCUGCGUUUGUCAUUCCGAGUUAUCUUUCAUUCGAUGUCUUAGAGAUCACGUACACCGUCAACUACCGUUCUCUUGAUGAUGAUCCCUCCUCAUCUUUACCCUCCAUUGAUCGAGAUGAGAGAGUCCUCCGUCAGCUCUCAGCAUCCCUAAGCUCCGAGGGUGAUGUCAAGCUCCACUGGAGUCCAGCUCUUCACGCUCUGGUCCACCAUGAGCUCACAGACUUCGCAUCGUGUCUUAAACCUUUUCUGGCAAAGAAACCACCCAAAAAGUUAUCCCCAAGCCACAGCAGACCACACAUCUACAAUGACGGUGACCACCACACUGCACAAACCCAACCACGGAGGAACAAAUCAAGCGUGACAAUGUUCGGUGAUGCGCGAGCCUCUUCACCAAGGAAGAGCAAACAACCUCUUCAGUUUAAUGUAAACAUCACUUCAUCUGUACUCCACUUUGAUCUCUAUGAUAAACGAAAUGUGGAGAUCAGAAUCUCUCCAUUCAGCUGUGACCAAAUAAACCAAGUGAACAACAUUAGUUUUGAUAAGUUGUCCAUUGUUAUGGAUGGAAACAAAAUAUUCCAAUUCACAAACAACGUUAUUCAGCUCAGCUCCUAUAAUGAAUUCUGCCAACGCGACAGACAAGGAUUCAAUGAUUUAAAAACCGCCUCAAAUCGUGUGUGGUCGUUUAAAAUAGGAAGUUGGGUCUGCCAUUUCCCUUACAAAUAUGACUUUGCUGCAACUUUUGAUAAAGCAAUCAAUGUUUGGAAGUGGGUCAAGGGAUUAUACAGGAAAAAAUCUCAUCCAUUUAGGAGUCCUCGUCUUCCUCCUGAUCUUCUCAUCUGCAUCAAUGAGUUUCGUUUCGAGCUCGCAGAUUGGGAGUUUGAGUCCCGUCUCCACGACAACCAUGAACUGAUGAUGGAUGAAUGGGUGGAGAGUGAGAAGAGAAGAAGAGUACUCGAUCAGAAGAUGGCUGAGAUCCGGAAGCAGAGAGGAGAAAUGCUUCCAGCUAAGAAGGUUGAGGAUCUCUACUGCCGCUUAGAGGAAGAAAAUACAAAAAUUUACCUGAGUCGUUGCCGAGAAAUGUAUCAGGGAAAACCCCCAACUUUACACACUAUGCCGAUCCAUAUCGGUGCUAACCCAGAAACCCCGGUUAUAAAUCUGAAUGGGCCGACUCCCUUGUCAUUUAUGUGGCAACUGUCAGAUUUUAGUGCAACAGUUUUAGCCGAUGAAUCCAUGCAUGGGAUGGAAAAUGCAAUGCGUACAAUAAGAACUAUUGACCAUGUUUCACCAUUUCCAUUCUCUAAUGAUGCAGACUCUGAGCCGGAGUUUGUAACUUUAUGGUGCCGAUGUAUCUCGCUACGAGCAGCCAACCACCAGGUACGACUCCGAAAUUAUCCUCAGUGUUUGAUGGACUACUCUGACUGGAAAAUUUAUGGAAAGUUUUGUGGAGCUGAGCAAAAGGGGCCACCAGCCUCACAAAGAACAGAAUACGUCCAUCUUCCUGCACCUUGGGGUCCUGCAAAGGUUGAAAGGAACAUGCCAGCACUUAAGUUCUACUACGAUCUAAGUAGCGAAGUCCAUGUAUUUAACAUGGCAUGGGGACCUUGUUGGGAGCCUGCUUGGGGCCAGGUAAACUUGGCUACAAAUCUUCUAUCUAAAGCCACCAUAGACCCCAGCACCCCACUGCCCUGGUGGGAUAAAUCAAGGAACCUCCUACAUGGAAGGUUUGCAAUGUCCAUGGACAGAGCAAACCUCCUACAUCUGGCUUCACUUGACCCAUACAAUACAACUGAACACAUGCACUGGGAUUGGAAAAAUCUUUACAUGGAUUGGACACCUGGUUGCUUCUUAUAUAAGGGUGACUUGGACAUUCACAUCCGAAAUGCAUCGAAAUACGAUGAUGUUAGAUUCUUGCAUCUUCCUCAGUUAAAGAUGGAGUGGAAGUUUAAGUGGGUGUGUCUGGAUGCUGGUGAUCCUCAUGAUCAUCAUCAUGCUCUUCCUCAUGCUCCUGAUAGAAUUGAAGGUGACCUCAGUGAGCAUGACUCGUACCGAUACUUCCGGUCACGCAACAUUGAUCUCGAGAUUAACUUAGACACGAGGUCGCACACCAGAGAUUAUUCAUCUGGAGGAAAGGAUGGAAGUGAGAGAGACAAACCGGAGAUGUUGUUGUACAGCACUACCCUGAGGUGGUUGAGCAACUUUGGUUAUGCGGUGAAUGCCGUGUCUCGUCCUGUAUGCAAAGGACCAAUAUUUGGCAACCAAGCUCCGCCAAAACUUAAACUAAGUCGACAUUACAGGAACGUGAAACCUUCUUUUCAAUUUCCAGAGCUCAAAGUAAGCUACUGGUCUUCAUACGCCCAACAACUUGGUAUUGAAUGGAUAUGUGGGGCGGGGAAAAUUGAUUCACAUUUCCGGUUAAACCUGGUUCCAUAUGAAGGUAACUUGAUCAGGAGAAGUAUGGGACAAUGGCAGAUCAUGGCAACUACAUGCGAAUUAUCAAACACUAAGAUUUAUCUACUUAAGAGACAAGAAUCAAGCUCUCAAAACCAAUCGCCAUCAAAUAGAUCUCUCGGAGCAGAAAGAAACUUUCUCCUAAGUCUCUCAAGCAUGUCAUAUCGUCGCGACAAUGUUUCUGAUGGCCUCAACACACCAGACAACUUGUCACCAACAAAACAUUCCACAUUUAAAGGUAUAUCUGAUCCACAAGCCAGGAAAAAGGAAUUUGAAGAAACAAAAUUUAAGAAGAAAAAGACAAAGAAACAAACUUCGCCGACUAAAAGACCACAAAACCAACACAGUUUGGUUGUCCAUGACUUGAAAGCAAUGUGGACGACCGAGAACAGAGAUGUGGGGUAUGGGUUGUAUGAAGGUUACAACAAGGCAGCUGUGCUUCGUAGAAACCUCAGUACAAAAGUUCUUAGUCGACUGCGAGUACCUAACAACGAAGGUGAGCGAGAGAAAGGAGAAUCAGUUCGUAAACCAUCACAAGCAGCACCAGAGUUUGAAACUGGUUCUUCCAGUGGUUUCGGGCGGAAAAUGAUGGAUCCAAGUUUGCUGCAUAAACUGCUUGCUGAGAGUGAUAACAGGUUUGUGGUAGGAACUGAUGAAACUGUGACAAGCCAACAAAAACUGAGGGGAGUUGCUGCUUGUAAGAUGGAUGAUGUGGUUAAUAAGAACUGGCUGAUUAAGUUUGUCAACUGCCAAGUUAUGUUGAAGGGUCCACAAACACAAGGUUACCUGAUAAUGACUGCAGCAAUGGCUGACUUUCUCAAUCGUGACCACCAAGUAAUGUGGCGUGAUUGUCAGUUGACCACGAAAUCCUCAUGGGUCGCUUCUUUGACAGGAACCCAGAUUUUUGCCACUGUUGAAAAGAAUGCUGCCUCUUCUGGGCAAGAUGGCGAGAAUGUUCCAUGGUUAUCAGUAAGUGAUAUUGAACCACGUGGACCAAGUCCUGGUAUGCUUGAUAUAAGUGAUUUGAUGGGAGGAGGGCAAGCUAUUGGGGGUGUGGUGGGUGAUGGGGUGUCCGCUGGCACUUUCCAACUUCAGCGUAUCAUGUCACGUUGCACGUGUCGCAUGUAUUAUGUUGGUUACGAGGCUCUGGUUGACUCCGAGCAGACGGACUAUGGACAACUUCUGCCAUCCACGCCUGCAAUGGAGGACAAGUUAACAUCUCAGAGGAAUAGAUUGGCUGGGAAUGACUUGUUGGGUGUAGAGAAGCCAUGUAACAUACUCACCAUUGUACAACCAAACCUUGAAAUAUGUACUAAUGCAAGUCAGUUCACAAUGAUCUUGGACAUCGUCGAGAAUCUUCUUCUGUACGUGGAGCCGGUGAUGCGGGAGCAUUGGGAGCGAGUGGAUCGGAUGCGGUUCACCCUCCGUCUCACAUCCACUGAUGAUGUGAAGAAACAUCGAGAUACGUUAGCUACGAUGCAGAACAGGAUUCGACUCCGACUUACAAAUAUGAGGCAACUGGAACGACAAUUGUUCAGGACGGACAGACAACUUGACAACGAUCCUUCCGAUGAUGAUCUUUAUGAAGAGUCGAUCCGGCUGCGUGAGAAGCUUGCCGAGGAGAAGGAGAGGUUGAAUGAGGAGAGUGAGGAGCUUGGGAUCAUCAUCAGAUGCUUCAAAGAAAUCUUCCUGGAUCAAAAAACUCGAUCAUCCUCUCUUCGUCCACAACAUCCGGAUCAAGUUGAUGAGGAAGAGGAAGCAUCCGUUGUCAGGACGACAGAAGUAACGUUCGGUGAGGUGAAGUGGCACGUCACAGAUAAGGAUGGGCAACUUAAUAUUGCUCAGUUUGAAAUGAGAGAUUUUCUUUAUGAAAAGGUAAAUAAAAGCGAUGAUUCGGUCGCUCAUUGCUUUGAACUUGCCUGGCUUCGUCUUCAAAAUCUUCUUCCCAACUCUCUCUACCGUGACGUCAUCAAACCACGGCAUCAGGCCGGACUCCGCAGCCACGGGAUCACCGCCGGUGGAGGUCGCUCGUUAAUUUUGCGAGUUCUCUGCAAAGUGCGCCCCCCUGUGGGCGGGAUAUCAGUGAAAGAUCACGUGGAGGUCAACGCUGUUCCACUGACGAUCCAGCUAACUUACCAGUUCUUUAAACGAAUGAUGAGUUUCUUCUUUCCUGACCGCUCUAUGGCGCCACCGGGUGCCGAUGACAUGGACGAUCGAGCGAUGUCUAGCGUAGACACGCGUAACGCUACGUUGCUUGGAUUUGCUGGUAAUUCUGCCAUGGAGAGGCAUGGUAGUGUUGUGAGUUUACCUGCCCGACCACCCCCGCCUUCACCAUCACACAUGUCAACACCUGGUACUCUAAGAAGAAACAAAUCUUCAACGAAAAGAUCAACGGUGUCCGAGGCAGUGGACGAUGUUGAUAAGAUGAAGCUACGAGCUGCGAAGAACAACACCUUCCUUUAUAUUAAGAUCACUGAAGUCCCACUGUGUGUCAGUUACAAGGGCGAAAAAGAGAAAAACAUUGAAGACGUUCGUGAUUUUAACGUGACCAUACCAAUGUUAGAAUACCACAGUAAGACAUGGACGUGGCACGACUUCGCUAUGGCUGUCAAACGUGACUGUAAGAAACAACUUGUAUCUCAGCUUAUCAAAGAGAAACUUCACAUCAGUGGACGUGGCCAGCAACAACAUUCCACCGCAAGUGAAUCACAAGACCCCGAAUCGUCCUCGGCAGCUGCUGAAAUUGAUAAAGCGAAAAUUCUGUUCGGUAAUUCUCUUAGAAGGACGGACAGUACACGACGAAGUAUCUUUCGAAAGAAGAAGUAGCGAUUUUAGUCGGCAAAUUUGUUCUGUAAUGUCCACAGAAGUGAUGUGAAUUCGCAUCAUUCAACAAAGGCAGUUCGCCCGCCCACACUGUCUGUGCAAUAUAAAGAGAUUUCAGUUCCAAUAUUUAUUUCAUCUGUUUGAGCGUAAGUGCGUAUACUUACUGCACUGUGUCGUAUUACAUUACUAAUGUGAAUACAAGGCAGAUAAUCGCUUGCGCUGUGUCAAAUAAACAUAAUACCACCACA